GGCCGGCAGGAGCGCCCCGACCGUUGCGGGCGGCACGCGCGGGCGGCACGAGGCGCUGUCGGGCGGGAAGCCCUGAGGUGGUGCUCCGAAGGCCGCGGAGCCCCCCGUUGCACCUCCGCUACCUAAAAGUCAUGCGGUGGCACUGAAGGAGGACAGGUAAAUAAAUAAAUAAAGCAUACGUGUCACCGCCAUGAAGUGAAGCCUGCGAGUGACCCGAAGAGGAGCUCGGUUCUGUACCUUUUACGUACGAUUCGGGCAGUGCUUUAUAACACUGGAGUAAUUAGUAAGGCAGGAGUUGGUGUCUGCGCGGAACAGCCGGUCCUUCACCCCCUGACGAGCUCACUGCAUUUUAGCAUUGCACUUGAAGGAGAGAUUUUUUGCUAGAGUAACAGCCAACAUUUGCACUAUGAGGCAAACUCAUAAAGUAUCUAAAGAAAAUAAGGAGCACUGGCACUGCAAGGAUAAAACAAGUGGGAAAGGAGAAUGCAUUAUAUGCCCCACAUAAUGGCUUUACUUCUCAUAGAGGAGUGCCUUUGACAAACAAGGUGCCUUGAUAUUUGCAGGGGAAGUUAAAAUCUUGAUAUCUUUCACCGAUUUUCUGAUAGAAAAAGCAGUUUGGAGAAAGGACAUGAAAUCUUCAAGACACGCAAAAAUAUUUCCAUUCACAAGUUACCUCCUGAUAAUGAAAUAACGGCCUAACAAUGAUCCACCUCCAUUUUGGAAAUCCAAAGAUGAGUCAAAAUGAGUCACAGACUUAAGAUAUAUCUAACUGAUAGCUAUAAGCUUGCGCUUGUAUUCAUGCACAUGCAACUUGAUCAUCUGAAGCAAAAAUUCUAAUAUUAUGUGAAAGGACAAGACUGCAGACUACCAGUGUCUAGAGUGGACUCUUCUGAUGCCUAUCUCUGUGAGAAACAGUAAGUUUCCAGGGUGCCCAACCGUGUAAGUACAUGAUAUCCUUAGAAGUCCCACAUCCCACACUUUGCUAGUGCUGUCCGCAUUGGUGUUCAUCAGUCUAAAUUUAUCAAGCCUUGAAGAUGAGAUGAGGAAGAUUGUUUUUAGUUAACUUAUUCACUCUAUUGGAGCUCCAAAUGUGGACACAGUGCAUCGUCUUUAACCAUAAUACAAUUUUGAGGCUCCUUCUGUAAAAACCUGCUGUUAUUUCAUGUACGUUCAUGCUGCUGAUAAUCAGUGGAUAAACAACUUUCAUAACAGAACUGCAACCCUCCUCCCCCACUCCUCCUAGCAUACUGACAGUUGACUUGAUGGUUAGCCAUGGACUCAUAGCAGUCUUGGAUAGCCAGUUUCCACAUAGCAGCCUGGCCUCUCUGGUCAGUAUGAACCCUGCCACUCAUGCAGUGUGGUUCUAAAGGUCUGGGCAGGCUUAUCACAUAGGUCUGUGAAGGCCUAUUUCCUCAUGAAGAAGUUUUCGAGCCAGUGCUGGACAUGAAUAACUACAAAGUGAUGUGAUUUGAUCCCUCCUGUUCAGUUCCAAAAAACACUAUUAAAUUUUUUGCAAAAGUUAGCAUAAUUCAUAAUGUCAUCCAAAACUGGUGUGUGUUCUAUUUUGCCACCCUCCAUGUCUUUUAGCAUUACAUUUCCUCCCCUAAGACCUGUCUCUCCAUUAUGCCUCUGUAGUAUGUGAACACCACAGAUGAGGUUAAAAGGAAUUGCCCUGCAAUAGCAAUUGUAGCUACAAAGUGAGCAGUGUGACAGGCAUUUAAUGAUGUAUGUGCUUGAGAACUGUAGUAAUUCUGGUUUUAAAGCCAGGAAGGAAAAUCAAAUGUCAUCUAAUAAUUCAUCAUUAUUCUCAGAAGAGUUUUGCUCAGUGGUAUGGGAGAGAAGACUAGGAUUUGCCAUUUCUUAUUCUAGCGUUUUCUUUGCAAAACCCUGUAUAGAUACUGCUAAGCAAGCUUGGUGAGAUAUUCAGAAAAGAAUGGAGUUGAAGAAACCAUCACAUGAGAGUAGAGACUCUAAGCCAGAAGAGGAAGAUAUCUAACACUUUGUCCUUAUUUCUUGCAUUUCUCCAGCAGAGCAAAUGUUUUUGUCUUAUGAGCUGGGAACUCAGGAACACUAUACUUGAGCUCAAAUAGCUUCGGAUUAAACCAGUGAGUGAAAACAGGUGAAAGUGAAACAAAUGCCGUGCAGAGAGAGGAACCCAAGCUCUUUCAUAUUCACUUCUCUGUGAAAGGACUCAGGGCAGGCCCCUGGCAAGAGUUCAUAAAGCAAGGAGACAUUAAUCUCUAUUAAAUAUUUGUGUAAAACACAGUUGAAGGUAACAGAGGACCAGGCAAGAGCAGGAAAGGGGAAAAGUCCAGGAAGUGGAAAGUAUUUGGAAAUAAUUUAGACAGUGUAGUGUGUGGUCAAAGUAGGUAUCUACUUAAGUGCAAGGGUUUUAGCUUGUAGGUAAUGGUAAAUUCUCUCUUAAGUGUAUUAAAAGCAUCCAACACAAUAUAAACAUUUGGAAAUCAGUUGAAUUAAACAUAUGAUCACUUUGAGGCAGGAGAUCUACAGCAAGUUCAAGGAGUGACAGAGCUAUUUGUUUAAACAGAAGUCUCUGUUCCUUUCUGGUCUAGCCCCAAAUGUCAGGACCAUACAUCGCUCCCCAGAAGGGGCCCACCAAUGUUGCCUUCUGAUGUUGCUCCUUGCAGCCUUAAGAGAGGUUUUCUAGGCUUGUAUUUUCUCACUGUCUCCUUUUCAUUUGGUGUAAUUACUGUUUCCACAAUGUAGACCUAGUCUGCUUUGGGGGAUGAUGGUGAAGACAACAGCAGUGAAUUGAGGCUGUAACUGUGAAACUGGAACAGGCAGGGAAGCUUGGAUCUGAACUGAAAAAGGUUAAAAAAAAGUUAGGUUAGUUUGUCAAAAAAGCCUGAUGCUGUGAUGGAUAAGUUAAAUCACAGAGGAAAGUCUACUGUUUAAUUCAGAGAGCUUACUGCAUGGUAAAAUGCACGUCAUCUUGUCUCUGCAAGAUUUCUCAAGCAUAUGUUAGCUAACAGGUGUCAGUCUCAAAUUUCCAGACAAUCUAGGGGCCAAUGUGAGUCUGGAUCUCAAAGUACAGUAUGAAUUUAAAUGUUCUGGGGUUUUUCUUUUGUUUUGCUUUGUUUAUUUAUUUAUUGUCUAUUAAGCAGGUGCUUCAAUUAUUCAUUUCAGUUUUGAGAGCGUCCUGCUCAGGGAAGCCUUUACAGUGAUCCUGGUUAUAUUGUAGUUAUUUGUAAAUAGGCAUGAAGAAUAUCUCAUAUUGACAUGAAAGUUUUAAUAAUACCUGCUGAGGAAGGUUGUAACAAGAUAGAUUUAUUCUGCAUCCCUUAUACUACAUCAGAGAAUUUUUUAAUUAUUUAUUGAUUGAUUGAUUGGUCAAUUUAUAUUCCUUGUCUGUCUUUUACCAAAAUAGGUUCUUCUAUCAACAAACUGAAUUUAGUGUAUCCUUGAACCCUCCAGUGGUUUGAAUGUUUUUUGGUCAAAUGUCUGUGUAAAGGUAGUUCUGUGUUUCAGUAACAACCUUCCUGUCCAUCCACUGUUACUGGCUUGUGGUUUCUGAUGCUUCGUGAUUUUCAUAUUAAAAAAGAAAAUGUUACUGUGGAGAUGGGCUGUAUCUCAGUGAACAGAAGUUCUUUUCCAGAAGUUUUAUGAUCUCUGGACCAAUCUCAUGACCCGCUGUGUUCUGCCUCUUGACUUCUUACUGUUUGGCGUUCUGAGCAUUCCCCAGUCUCUUUGCAGCGCGUGAGCAGGUAGCCCAGCACCACCAAAGUUAGAGUUCCAACUCUGGAAAGAUUCGGGAUUUUUCUGUAAGGAUGGGAUGGUGAUUCAUUCAGAGCUCUCACAAGACUAUCAUGCAGCUGCCCCUGUUUCAAAAUCAGCAGCCGCGCCAGCUCGUCUCCAUCAGCCUUGAGAAAACAGGAAACACAACGGUCACCACAGGAAGUGGUGUGCUCUUACACACACCCCAGAAAACUUAGCUGCUGAACCUAUUGCAAAAUGUUAACAGAACACUGUAGGGUACACAGAGAAAGAGACGAGAAAUCUGCUGACUUCUGGGUGCCUGCAAUUCUAAUCUUCAGUUUCUGAGGCCUAGAGUUUAACUCAGUCAUCAACAUGUCCUGUGUUUUUCAGUUACAGCAGCUUCAAUCCCCUUCAGUAGGACGCUGUUAUCGGAACAAAUAUUUCUUCUCAGUUAUUUUGUUUCGUCCCCAAAACUUGUACAGAAGGGCAGCCAGUAGCUUCUUGUCUGUAGGGCUGACAGGCAAAGAUAGAUAGAAAUAGAAAAGAUGGAGACGACUAUGUUUUAUUCAUCAUGAUUAACUGUGUACUCAUUUCCUUGGUAACGUGGAAGAAAUUGGUGUUUUUAGGGUGGAGAUAUGUAUGCAGACCUUGUGAUUCAGAUGUUUUUCUUAUUAAGUAAGAUAACUUGUUUCUCACUGUCUUGGUUGCAAAGAAAAGGCUGAACCAUAACAUUGCAGAGAAUAGAAGUACCCUAUGUAUGUUAAGGAGGAAUUGCUCUGAGUUGGAAGCACCAUUCCUUGAGGGUGCUGUGGGACAUGGACAUGACUGAAAGAGAAGAACAGGGUAUUCCACACAAGAGGCAGAAGAAAUGAGAGAUACAAUACACAAAAAAGACUUGCAGUUUGAGGUUUUCUAUUGUGCUUGGUUACAACAAAUGAUCUUAAAAAUUUCUUCUCCAAAUUCAAAGGGGAACAAAUCCUCAUUAAGUGCUGGUUGCUGGGCAAGUAAAAUUUUAGUAGGGGCCUUCAAAUUAAAUACAUUUGUAUUUAAUUAGUAUUUAAGAAUUUAAAUAAUUUAAUUUGUAUUUAAGAAGCUGUAAAAGAAGUGCAAUAAUACAUGGCAGGAGAGGAUCAGAAAUGGAAGGUGAUGCUAGGCAUUAUUUUUCUGCUAGAUGUUCCUUUUGUCCAGUAAAUGGGCAGUUUGGGACUUUGUCCUGGAAAUAAAUUAUUUGCAAAUUCUUGUUAAGUUCUCUGAAUUAUUUAGGUUGAGCAGUAGAGGCUGUUGAAAGCUGGGUUAUUUGUUUGUUUGUUUGUUUGUUUGUUUCAAAAUUUGAAGUGAAAAAGUUUUUAACUUUUACUUGAAAGUAACGUUUCAUUCAACUAUUCAACUAUUUUGAAUUGUGAAAAUGAUUUAGGGUGAAGGUGAAUUAUCUACCCUUCCUGGUUUGGUUUUUUGUUUGUUUGUUUUAAAAAUUCUUAAAAAAUAAAAAUCAGCCAGUAACAGUCAAAUUAUUCCCCCAGCUCUAACCAAAGAGAAAUAGAAAGUUCAGAUUCCUGAAAUCUGGUCUUCACAAGUACAAAAAACAAGGAAUAUUAAUAGCUAUAUUGAAAGAGUGCUAAAAGUCCUACAGAGAAAGUGAAUAAAAGUAUGAAGACAGUGUCAUCAGAACAUUAGAGGAAUCUUUCUCGGAAGUUAGCUUGGAUUUACUCAAACAGCAAAAUUACAUGCAAUAUCUUUAAGCAAUCUUGUUUGGACGUGAAUUACAGACAGAUAAGACAGGCAGCAAGGAUUAAUGCUAUGUCCAUCUCUUUGGCUGUUAGUGUAAUGUCCUAAGUAUCUGCAUUGUCUGCCUUGUUUCAAGUGGUCUUAUUCUAUGAUAAUGGAAAUACAGUUCUACCAAAAAUAAACUGAAUAUUUUACUGGCUACUGUUAGUCUGGAGAAUUUCUGUCCUGGUUUCUGUUCUCCAUAUUGCUUUAGUGUGGAGUUCGUGACUUUCAACCCAGCUUACUUUUGAAAAUGCUUAAUCUGAGAUGAAAACUUCGUAAUACUUCAUUUUGAAGUAACUCAUCAUAUACAGAUUGCUUCUAUUUUGCACAGUCAUUCAGCAGGCAGCUGUAACUCCCCUCAUUACGUUAACUCUGUUAACACUGCACUCUCUGGAAUUUUUCUAAAGCUUAUAACUACUUUUUAAAAAAUAUCCCGUGUUUUUUCUUGCAAUAAAAUACAUUUUCAUUCCAUGUGUUCACUGAGAUUAGCAACAUGACUUGUUCCAGUACUAACACAUCCAGUUUCUCUUAAUUUUGAUAUAACAACUCGCUCUUCCUCCUGGAUAUUUUGAAAGUUCUAAAAAUAUUAGUAAAAUCAUUAAGUUUACUGGACAGAGUACUGCUCUGCUCUUUUUUCCUGAUGACUGGGAUAGAGUUAUCCUUUUCUCUUGGUGGCUGGUCUUCAGUAAAUGCGUGUCUUUUCCUGUCUAGUGUUACCAGCUUUCUGUUUGUUUCCAGCAUAAUCUCCCAGUUCACAUACUUGUUACAGAUCUUCUAUGGAGUUCUUAAAUCAGUAUUUUUAUGUGGACAAAUUAUCAUAUCCUUUAACUCCAAGACAUGUCUUACUACACUGCAUCUAUACAGGAAAGUAACUAGAUCACAUAAGACCUGAAGCAGAUUCUGUACCUGUGGGAAUGUUGUGCAUAUAUGUAGGUUGCUCCAAAAGUAAUGCCUUCUAGUAAUGUCCAUGGAAACUGCAACAAAGUGUACAGUAACACUGUUGGAUAGAGCAAAUUGUCAGCUACAAAACACUGUUUUUCAACAUAGUCACUGCAUUUUUACCAUAGUGAUGCAUUUUUACCAACAGUGAACAAGAGUCUACAUUUUUGCACUGGUAAAAGUCUGCAUGGCCAUUUGGAAGGUGGCUUGUCUUUCACAUUGCUGUUGCCACUGCUGAAAUGCACCACCAGCUGUCUCACUGGGAUAACAUCCACUGUUUGGUUCCCAUAAAUGUUCAGCAACCAUCAGUGAAUGUCAAUGGGUGCAAUUUUUUCUGCAUGGAGAAAUUCAGUGACACACCUUUCUUCAGACUUCACAGCCUUCUGUGGCAGGCACCAAGGCAACAAAGUGUAAUGGAAUAUUGGUGGGAAGGUUCAACCUCUACUGCCGUACCACCAACGUCCACCUCUUAUGUUGUGGGCCAACAUAAUAAAAUAGGAAGCAUUACUUUCAGAGCAGCUCUCAUUUAAAAUUGGCCUUCUGGGACUCCUUAUCAUGCCCACGUAAAUGUGAAAAAUAACCUGUCCUGAGCACAGAGGACAUCCUUAAAAUGUCUGUUCAUGUGACAAUCUAUCCCAGAAACCAAACAUUCAGAAAUAAACCAUUCCACCACUUUUUUCUCAGUUACUUUAUUUAGCUUUGACUACAACUCACAGCUUGCUUCCAGAUGUCUUCCAGAGGUCUGAUAUUCAUCCUCACCUCUUUCUAACUUAGCAUUUAUGGAGAUUGCAUUUCUGCUUUCGGCCUAUCCAACAUUAGUAUUAAUAACUCUGGCACUUCUUCUUAAGAACUUCUUAAGUUCUGAAAGGAAAAAAUCACAAAUUACCAUUCACUCUUAUUACUUUAAUAUACAAAGCUAGUGUAGAUCAGCAGGGAAACCAGGGAUCUAAGUCCUCAUAUAUUUCACGUGUUUGUUAGACUAGAUCACGCUUUCUGAAAAUUGUACUUUAUUAGUGGUCUAAUAUGUAGUAUGAAAAUGAUGUGAAGUGUGAGGCAAGAAAUAGAAGGGAAGGGGUACAUUUUAUGCAAAUGUACUCAGAAAGUGUUCAGGACUGGUGACUUCUAAGUGCUUAGGAAGCUGUGAGAUUGCUGUAGUGAGAAAGACUUUGGGGGCCUCUCACUGGAGAAGGCAUUGACUGGUUGGACUUAUCACAGCAAUGUACAGCUCAAGUAGUUAGAAAAUUGCCCUUAAGGCUAGAAAAAUCUCCACCUGUGAAUGAAGGCAUAAGUUGUGUUAAGCUUUAUCAUAUGGGUGCAAAUUUGAAAAUGGAAAACAGUCUUUAAAAUGUGAAAAUAGUCAGUAUUCUUUAAGACCCAAAUGUGCUCUAAAACAGGCUAAGUUAGUUACAUUUGAUUGCACUUCAUUCCAUUUUUUUUCUUGCUAUUUCUUUAUGGAGAACUUUGUCAAAGUCACAAGCUACUCUGAUCUCUCCUGCCUAUGACUCUGCCAGUGCAGUUGCUGAGCUUACUCCUCUGCCUUUCUUUCCACUCUUGCUAUCAAGACUACAAAGAAGGCCUCAGGUUUCAAUUAUGCAGUUGUUUACAGUAUUUUCUGCCUUUGAGGAGACAGCUUGAGUCUGAAUCAGAUGACAGAAUGACUGGACAAUGUUUGUUCUGCUCUGGACGUUGCUAAGGGAGAGGCUGCAGCUGCCAUAGACCCGAGUGUUAAGCCCACACUUGCUUCUUUUGUAGCCUCUGGAGCAUAAAAAAGCCAUUAUUACUGUGUAAAACUUCAGAAGAUCUUUCUCAAGGUGGGUUAAGGACUCCUUUGAGGAGAUCAGCUCAGAUAUUCUUUUUUUUUUUUUUUUUUCAGUGCUACCUGUCCUGUAUAUUUUUAAUAUUAUUAUCUGCUGAAGAAUUGGAUUGAUUUUUGGUGCAACAUUUUUCAGAACCAUUAGUUUCAGUCUCUGUGACUAUGCACAAUUAAGAUGGGCUUCAUUUAUAUUUUAUAAUUUACAUUUCUUACAAAGAAAAACAAUUAGAAUUAUAGGAGGCUUGCAUGGAGGGGAAAGGAGAAAGAUAAAAUAACCAGACCAUUUAUACCCUGCAUUUGUUCCAUUUGGUGACAAGCUUGAUUAUAUCUCUCCCCCACCCAUGCAAACACUGAGCUUUGUUUCUGUAGGUCGCAAAUGGUAUGAUUUUGCAUUUCUGCCUGCCUACUGGUUUGGGUGAAGUAAAGCAGUGGGGCUUUGCAGAGCAGGACAGCUGGGUGAACUGCUUCCUGCUGUCUGAAUCUAUCUUUCUCUUUCAAAGUGAGUUGCAGUAGUCCUUGUGGGAAGGAAGGAGAAGAUGGUGGUUUUGCACAAACAUUCUCAGUGACUGUUCUUUGUUUUGUGGCAAUCUUGGAAUUUCCCAGCAGGCUUUUCUUUCUUGCAGCUCCUCUGAUAUAUUUCUUCUUCAGUUUCCUUUCUAAGUCUCUGAGCCGUAAUCAAACUUGGUCACUGUCUUUAGGAAACGUAAUGGAAAACUAACCUUUGAGCCAUCCUUUGGAAUGCCAGGGCAGCAAUAACUCCAAAAAGAAGUGGAGGUAGGGCUGCUUCUUGCCUCUGGUGGAUGGAUUUUAUCAGAAUAGGUAGUGCUGAUCUGUAUCGCUCAGCCACACCAAGGUUAUACAAAGAGCAGCAAAACCCCAGGAGCAUAACAGUAGGUCUGCUUUUAACCUCAACUUUUAUCUCUCACAGCCAGCUUCCUUCCCACACCACAAGCACCACGUGUUAUUUUACACCGAGGCAACACUCAGCAACUGAGGUCUGUCUGUCCUUGGAAUGGAAAGGGAAAAGACAGAUGACAGGAACACCAGAUGUGUGGGCAACAUGAGGACUAACAAUUAUGGAGCAAUGUGCCUACAAACCAGUACUAAACUGCUACAUAUGGCCUUCUCUGAGCUUUGGCAUGGUGGGGCUGGGCUUUUCAUCAGUCCCCUCUUUUUGUCUAGCUGUUACCUUCACCUUUAGGUGAUGAGAAGUGAAUACGACUGAAAACUGCUGAAUGAAAUGAGAGAAAGCUGAAGAAAUCGGGGUGAUAGCACCUGGUUCAGUCUGCCAGUGGGCACUCAUGGCUAAGAACAGUGCCACCCUACGCCCCAGGGGAAUAUAUUUGCAGUACGUGGAGAGUGGUAGCAGCUUCCAUCUCUAAAAGGUUACUUCACUCCCCUCCUCAUCUAAAAUUUGCUUAACCCUGCAGAUAUGUAGGGAAACUGAUUAUACACUUCAACGCACUUCCUGAAAAUCAUCUCUAUUGGGGAAGAGUGGUGCUUACUGCAGUUCAUGAAGAGUGAGGCCUUCUAAAGCCUUUAGCGGGAGAUAAGUGCCUGGAAAACAAAGAGGAAACAAAGGAAGACCUAAAGCCAAGGCCGUAAGUCUGCCUGAAUGGGAACGCAUUGGUGUUUACUUUGAAUUACUUGUAGACAUGGCAGAUACUUACUUUUUAAGUGUUUCACACUCGGUGUGCUACAGAAAUUGAAGCCUCCCUGAUCUGCAACAUAAAAUGAUGAACUGUUUAAAAACAUGAGAUGGAGUAGGCAAAAAGACAAAAAACAAAACAAAACAAAAAAAACCAACACUGAGACAGCUGCACAGACCAACAGCUGUGACACACACAGGAAAUUUGGAUGGAAAGAACCAUUAGUGCAUUGAGACCAUCUCCUCUCCUGUUAGCAGGGCCAGCCCCUUCUAGCAGACUUUGCAAAAGCAGCUAGUUCAUGUCAGAUAUGAUAUAAGAGACUAUCAGAUUUGUGCUUCUUUAGUAAACUCUCAGGGAAAAAGCCUUUUCAGAGAUCUGUUUCUGCCUCACUUUUUCUUGUGCCCAUUGGGCAACAGAAACAGGCCUAUUCUCUGUAUUUAAGAAACUACUCAGGCUACCAUUUUGUGCUGUAUUAUCCAAAUAGUGAUGUUCUUUUGUUGUUCUACAGCAGAUUCAAUUGCAUGACAAAGCCCAUCCUAGGAUGGGUACAUGAUGAAUAGGGACAGCUAUUUUGCAGCCAAUCUGUUGAAUGAUUGACGUGCGUCUUAAACUUUAGAGAAAAUAAAUAGCUGGCAAGACUGUAUGUGCCUUUUGGUCAAAGAACGAAUCUCCCACUAAGCCUCAAAUAUUAUAGAUUUAUUUUGCAGACCAUAUGCUUAUCCUUUCAGCUCCUUAGGAACAGAGAGUAUUACACAGAUAAACACAAGCUCAAAUUUUAGAGAUUGCGUGGCAUGUCUGCACUGUGGUCAUCCUGAUUUCCCACUGAUAAGCUGAGCAAUUUCAAAUAAUUUCCAAUGAUAACAUCCAAAAUACAUGUUCCAUGUGUAGCUGGGUAAAUCUCAUGGCCAGUCAAUGUCCAAAAUUAUUAAAUGAAUCUAUCCAAAAUUAAAAAUGUUUAUGUUAUUACAAACUAUUAAAGAUACUUGAUGGAGUGUGGGUUUUUUGGUUGGCUGUUUUGCUAGGACCUUUUUUUCCAAAGAGCAUUAGCUGGAAAACUAUUUUUGCACUGACAAAAUAAGAGAUCUGUAGUAUUGUCUGGCUCUUAAGCACAGUCUGUCGUCUUCCACAUCUUGCCAAACACAGAAGACCAUGUGUUUUCUGUCAGAGUCCCACAGCAAACCAUGUGGAAAACAAAGGGCUAUAAAUAAGUCCUCCUCAACAUGAAAGGUGACUAAUCUGCUGCUUCCAAUAAUAUCACCCCCCACUCUCUAAAAUCCCCAGAUUUUCUUUACCUUUACCUAUCUUUGUGCGUGUGUGAAACCACACUGUGGCACUCGUCUCUUUAGAGAUCUCAUGCUACUUGUUGCUCUUUCAAUCCUCAAAAAUCCCACUUUAAUUAAUUAACAUGUCCAUUGUCUUUGUGGAAAGGUAGAUUUCAUAAAAGAGAAUGUAACUGUAAAUGCUACCUUUGAGAGUGUGAUCCACUGCUUGACGUCUUGUUUGUAAUCCAGGAUACUGGGUUAAUUUACUAGUUCCUCAGCUGAUUAACUGGUCAUUUGCAUUCCCUAUGCCUUUAUUUCCCCUGUAAGACAUGGGGUGGGGAAAUGCAUAUUCAGUGCCUUGUUUGAAAUAAUGUACUGCAUCUAAAAAAGAGUAAAAUGUUGUGAGAUCCGUUGAUAAAAAAUACAACAUAAGCACUAAAUGCUACUACCACAAAGCAAAGAGUCAGCUGUAAUUGUGUUACAGAGCUUAAAAUCCAUGCAGGUCUGGAAAAAUAAGCAGGGAAGGAUUUCCUCCAGCUGUCUCUUCUGUCAUUCACCGUCUAUCAGCUAGGGGACAUGAAUCACCCACUCCUUGAAUCUGCCCAACAUUUAAUGGAAAUAUGGUGCCAGAACCAGUGCUGUCUUUACUAAGCAUGUGCCAAGGAUUUCAAAAGGGUGGUUUUAACUAACCUUUUAGUGACAAAUAAGUUUUUUAAUCUUGUGCUGUAUUUUAGUGUGCCAUGAGCCAAACAAUGACAGUCAAACUGAACAAGAGAGAUGACUUCAUUUGUUGUUCAAAAAUAUAUUUUCACAUUACCUAAGUCACACGAUUAAUGGAACUCACUUCCUGUAUUUUUAAAAGUUAUCUUCUUUUUCUCAACAGUAAUUUUUUUUCAAUAAUUUCUAUUCCUCCACUGUCACAUUUGAUUUCAAGUUAAGUUAAUGUCUUCUCUGGCACAGGUAUCAUUUUGUCCCACAGUUGUGCUCACCUACAGCCAAAAUAACAAUAGCAGCAACAACAAUUCUGUAAUGUGCUGAAACUCAAUGUUGUGUCAAAAACAGCAUUUCAUAAUUUUGGAGUAGUUUGUUAUUUUGAAUUCAUUAUGUAUUUUGAUAACCCCAGGGUGAGUCAUAGUAGGGAAGGCUGACAGUUGAUGAAGAACUGAAAUCUUUAUUGCUAUUCCACAUUUUCUUUUUGACUACGGCUUAGUCUGUUUUGUUGGCUAGUUGUAAAAUGAGAAUUUGGAAGAGAACAACAGAACAGUAUUCCACUGCAAGAAAGGUAUUUUCAUCUGUGAUUUUUCCUGGAUUUUUCUAACUGAUGUCACAGUUUUAAAUUGAAUUUGUGUAAAAGAUCUAUAGGUGUUUUUCUUGAUAAAUUCAUUUAAAAAGUCAACAUCAGGAAAUUUUCCCUUCAUAUCUAGCAAUACUAUAGGGAAUCUAUGCAUUAGUUUACAGUAGGGAAGUUAUACCUCAACGGUCGAUGAAAAUACGAGUCCAUAAAGCACAUAUUUCCACAUAAAAGCCUUAAAUGUUUGACUUGAUACAUAGAAAAUGUUGAUAAUGCUGAAGCUUUUGGAUAGCUUAAUAAUAAUCUCUUCCUUUCCUUGUGUUUUUCCAGGCCUCUCAGACUUCCUCCUUGACAUAGUUUACCCACGUUGUGUCAUCUGAAGUCCAGGAGUCCUGUGGACUCAUAAUAUUUCAUUCCUCUGUAGUUCCCUGUCUCUGGCCAUCAGUGCCUCCCUGACUCUAAGCAUGGCCCACCCUGCCUCUUUUUUGUUCUCACCUGUGUUCUGUUUUUCCAUGUUGUCAAAUGCUUUCCAAAUCCUAGCCCAUGCCUCCUUUUCCAUGUCCCCGCUCAAAAUUGGUUUGUGGGGAGUCCGGUUACAGCACUGGAAAGGCAAAACAUAGUUCAGCUCCAUAUACAGGCUUGGGAAUAAAGCCUGUUGUAACUAAGCACCCUCACAAAACAUUUUUGCAGUGCAAAUAAGUCCCCUGUGUGGGAGGCCAACUUUUUAAAUGUGCAGUGUGUCAUUUUAAAAUUCCCUUGGGGCUCUAACUUUGUAGGCAGAUGUCUUUGACACUGGUAAUGUGUUUAAGUGACUUUUCACAGCGAUCUGUCCAGACAGCAUCUGCUCAGCAAAGCUGUCUUUUAGCAGACCAGUACAGGACAGCAUCAAAUCUCAUGUAUUUCAUCCUAGCCUGAAUGAGGAGAACUCAGCCUGCUUCACCUGAAGCACCUCUGCAGGAAGAGCUAGGACAAAAAUCAGUGGCUGCAUUUUGACACAAGCAGUUUUUCAGUUACAUCAGUUCUGUGUUUCCAGACUCUUCAAGCUGCCCUACUGUGAUGACAGAAAGCUUCUGAAGGAAGAAGACACUGAGAUUCCAGAGGAACUCAUUAUGCCAGAAGAUGAGAACACUGAUCAAUUAGGAAUACAGAAACCUAAAGUCGCUUUUGGAGAAAUGAGGAUGAAGAGGUUCUGCGGCACGGGGAAGGUGAGAGGAGGUCCCUGUGCCUGGCUCCUGUUGCCUCAUCGCUGUUGUAACAAAAUCCCAGCUCUUGGCCCCAGCCCAUCGGACUCUGGCUGAGCCACACUGAUCUCUGCCUGCUCCCAAAACGUCACUGCAGCUGAGAAUUCAGCCACCAGCUGCGGAAGAGCUCCAUUUGAUGCGCAGUGUGGAAGCUGCUGCCGCGUAGUGGCAUGAACUUCUGAGUGCACAUUUCAUCCACAGUGCUCCCCGCGUUGGCUUACGGCAGGCUACAAACUGAAACUGAAAUCCUGCAUUCCUGAAGUCAAAGCAAACCCAUUUGCUUCACUGAACCCAAAAUACCACUAUGGAUCCCAAUACCCCCAAAUUCUCAGUGUGGCUCAGAUCACCGAGGAAAGCAAUGGCGACCAUCACAGAUAUGACCCGGCAGCACGGGGAGCUGUGCUCUGGGAGGCAGUUGUUCAGGCAAUUGGAAGCGUCCGUGGAACACAGGAACCAUAACUGCAGAACCAAAGGCCAACUAUUUUUUUCUACGAAAGUUUGCUUUCAGAACUCAGCGCCCACUAUAAACAUUCCGCUUGCAAGCGAGAGAGAUAAAACUUCUCAAACUGCCUUUUCAACACAUCUGUGCAAGGCUUUGUUUCCCCUGCAUGACUGCAGAGAGCAGCUCAGCUGGCACAGGCUGCUGAUGGCUGCCUUCAUUCCUAACUGCUGCUCCACGGCGUGAUAUUGGGGUGAUGUCAUGGACUCGGGUGGGACUGCAGACGGGAGCGGCAGCAUCCACAGUGUCUCCGUGAGGAAAGGGAUUUGCUCUGGAAACCGGCGAGAAGCAAGUUCUGCAUCUCAGGGAAAAUGGUAGAUGAGGCAUGAUGCUUCUCCAGCCUUCUCUGGCCUUUGCAUAUUCCCAUAAAUUUUCAAAGAUGCUUCAGAGAUUACCACGUCUGGUUUCUUGAACGCUUUCAGAGAUCGGCCAGCCUGGUUGAGACCACUUAGCGAUGACAAAACAAAAGCUUCUGCUCAAUGGGACAUUCUCCUUGAUUCUGAUCGUGGCCUGUGAAGCUCAACAGCUCCCCAGGAGUCAUGCUGCCAGCAGUUCUGGUCCUCUGUGUGAGAAGGAGGCAGAGUCCUGGGGAAACCUGUUAAGCAGUGAGCGGCUGGAUGCCUGGAUCUGUUCCCUCAUCGGCUCGUUCAUGGUGGGGCUGAGUGGAAUCUUCCCCUUGCUGGUGAUCCCCUUUGAGACAGGAGCUGCUCUACGGUCAGAAGCUGGAUCACGUCGUUUGAAGCAGUUGUUGAGCUUUGCAAUUGGUGGACUACUAGGGAAUGUGUUUCUCCACCUGCUUCCCGAAGCCUGGGCCUAUACAUGCAGUGCAGCAGCAGGAGAAGGGCAGAGUUUUCAGCAGCAGAAGCUUCUGGGGCUCUGGGUGAUCAUUGGUUUCUUGACUUUCUUGGCACUAGAGAAGAUCUUCCUAGAGAAAGAAGAGGAGGAGUGCCCUGGUGUGGGCUGCGAUUACAAGGCCCCUCUUGGAAAGAUUCCCAAUGGAAGUGGCUACCCACCGUCAAAGGUGGCAGGCAAGUCACAAAGAGCAGAAAAAAAUUCAACUCAGUGUAAUGGCUCUUCUCUCCAAUCUUGUCGAACAGACAACAGAAUCAAGAUUAGCGGGUACCUCAAUUUGCUGGCCAACACCAUUGAUAACUUUACACAUGGCCUGGCAGUAGCAGCCAGCUUCCUGGUUAGCAGAAAGGUUGGGUUCCUAACCACAAUGGCCAUUCUCCUGCAUGAAAUCCCACAUGAGGUUGGGGACUUUGCAAUCCUACUUCGGGCUGGAUUUGACCGCUGGAGUGCAGCCAAGAUGCAGCUUUCUACAGCUCUGGGGGGAAUUGUAGGAGCCUGCUUUGCAAUAUGUGCACAGUCACCAAAGGGGGCAGGGGAAACUGUAGCCUGGAUCCUCCCUUUCACUUCUGGAGGAUUUCUGUAUAUUGCCUUGGUAAAUGUUGUGCCUGAUCUUCUGGAGGAAAAGAACCCGUGGAACUCCCUGCAGCAAAUUCUGCUCCUGUGUACAGGCAUUACAGUCAUGGUGCUACUUGCUCACAACUGACUGACUUCUGCACAGACCUCAUGAUGCCUCCCAGAGCCACCACAGAGACUCUGAGAUGUUACAAAGCAAUAAGGAACACUAAUGUUACUUCCUAUGUGUGUGCGUGCAGAUCUGGCUGCUAGUGUGAGAAGCAGGUGAAAGAGGAGGUCUGGGUGUGUAAGACCUGGCUCUCCCAUCCCUGUUCUGCUAAAAUCCCACGCAGUGGGGCUUCCAUUAUAUUUUUAAUGGAGCAAAUGAUACAGCGAGCAGAAUUAACUGAACAAAUGCUUCACUGAGAAUGGAUGAUGUUUCAUUUGGUUCGUUCUGAUGGAACUGCACCUCCCAAGGUCUUCUGUGAAAACAACAAAGGUGGUUCUUGUAGCUGAUGAAGAAUUUAUCCUACCACUCUAAAGGCUGGAGACAGAACAGGGAUGGCAAAGCAACAGUAACCCAACAGCUUUAGCCAUGGGUAACUCCUUACCCAUGAGGAGUUACGGUGCUAAGAAAACCUGCUUUGUAGAUAGAGAGGAAAGGCUCCUUGUCAACUUCUCUGGCUUUUCAUUGACAUCACUUGUUUCUAAAGGUAGUAUUAGCUUCAGCAGUCCACUCUGGUCUGUUUUGUACUUAUGUUGAAAACAAGCCAAGAACUUGAGGCACUUCAGGAUAGGUCACUUCAAUUAAAUGGCUCAGCUUGGAGAUAACUUGCCUCAGCCCUUACCCCUCCAACAGCCAGCACAGCCUGCUUUUUUUUCUGAAAAAUGGUCAGAAAUGUUUCUUGUGUUGCCAAACUAUGAGCUCACCUACAUCUGAAAAGAAUGCCAUGUAGCUUCUGCUACUGGCUUUCCUCUCCUCAUAACCACUAUCUGAACGUGGCUCUGAGCCUGCUCUCAAGACCCAAUUCACCCACCAUCUCCCCAUGCCGGUCUCAGAGUCCUCCUCAUAUGGAAUGGUUAGCAUGCUAUCUGGCAUGCUACUGUACCCCAGGACUGCCAUGGCUAAGGUUGGUCUGGGCAGUUUGGACAAUGGUUGAACACAGUACAGCCUGGUCAACAGCAUAUAUUCCAGCUUAGCUAUUCCUUUGUUCACUGUAGUAUAUUUAAGGGCGUACUAUAACCAAAUAGUUGAUUUCUGGGCUUCAUACCUCAUAGUGGAUUUAGUCUGCUGGGGAUGAACGGAUAAGAAAUAAUACCGAUGGCUCUUUAAGCAAGGGCCACAGCAGCAGGGAAUACUGGAGACAGGGUGAAAUGGAAAGGGUGAAACUGCUGGUGGAAAGAAUGGGUCUGGAAAAGCUGUGUGGUAAGUAAGGAGAGAAAAUGCAAUAAGCAUGCUUUAAAGUUUUUCUGUUGUAUGAUGCUUGGGAUAAAAUUUUUGGCAGUUUUAGGCCAAUAAAAAUGAAUGAUGUUUCUAGUGCGUUGCCUGUCUGGGCAAAGCUGGCAGGGCUGACCAGGUCCUCGUUCCACAGGGAUGCAUUAGUACCACAGAGGUGUGCGCAGUUGCCUUCUGCAGAGCUUAUCCUCACUUCACAUAAAUCUGUUUAGAAACUGGUCUGAUUGAACUAGCAGAAUCAUUGGACACAGAACAGGUGCCACAAUGCAAAUAGCACCAAUUCAGUUCUGUUUUUAAACAGCUUUUGUAAAUCAGUACAACUCACAGACUUUGUCUACACCAAGCCUUAUCGAGAGGGCUCAUCCCUUGAGGGCGUCAUUUGAGUCGGAGCAGUGAGACAGGUAUGCUGUCCACAGCAGAGGCAUUCACUUCCCUGAGAGAUUGCUGAACUGUAGACACAGUUAUUUUCUUACGACAGCUCCUGUCCUACUUCUCAGAGAAAGCUGGAGAGCUUGUGCUUGCAGCUCACUCUGCCCAGGAACUGCUAUCUAAAAUGUUGUCAGCAUUUCUUACUCUAGGCUCACACAAUAACUAGUUUCGCAAGGAGGGAGGCUGAAUGCAAUUUUUAAUUAUUAUUUUCUUUUAAAGUUGCUUUCCUUUGCCAGCUUAUCCCUCUGUCAUUCAGUUGUUUAAAGUCUGAAUGUAGCAUCCACUUUUCCUGGAAGGAGGAUUAAUCUGAUUAUUCUGCAGGAACUGGGGGACCACACUAAUCCCCUAGUUCUGGUUGGGUAGUUUCCCCCACGCUCCCUGGGGGCUGAAGCCAGCCGGACCCUGUAGUAUCAGGGCUCUGGAGGAAGAGUUUGCAGAGAAAGAUGUGACUGCUGUUUUCCAAGUUGUCUUUCUCAAAAUUAGGAUGGCAUUUUAGUUGAAGGAUUGCCAGGUGAGUGCCUGUGAGUUGGCGUUAUUGCAUCAGCACUGAGUCUUGCCAAGACUAAACCACAGUCAGGAAUUUGUGCUCAGCGUUCGGGAAUGUCAAGUGGAUGAUGCUGAAGAAAGAAUUUCUGAGUUGUUUUCCUUGGCUGACAAUCAGAGGCCUUGGAGAGUCUGCGGUUCUUGGGAAGACACCCUGUAGGAGGUAGCAGAGGGCUUAUGGGAGGGGCUGGUUAGUUUUCCUCCAUGUGCAAUGUCAGCCCUGGGGCUAAGGAUGGAGAGCCUUGGGAGGAAAUGGAGCAUCACUCCACCACGUUUGUCACUUUUGGAAAUGCAGAGAGACUAGUAUUUUCUAAGCUCUAUUUUUUAAGCUGCUCUUAUGCAUUUUCCCCCUUCAUCUGUAUUGGUCUGCUCUGCAUGGAGACAAUAGAGAUGAAAUAAAUGGUUUUCAAUGUG